AUUCCCGUAUUGACAAGCCUCUGAGAGAGAGAGAGAGAGAGAGAGAGAGAGAGAGAGAGAGAGAGAGAGAGAGAGAUAGCUGCUGUGUCACUAGCGUAAGAGAGAACCGAUUGGUCCAAUUGGUAAAACAGAGGUCUACUGGAUACCUGCGGAUGCGACUGCAUGAAUGUGACUAACGUAAAAGAAAUUCGAAUCAUCUUUUUGUAAGAGCGGUCGUUAAUAAUGGUAUGUGUAGGUGUGCGUGUAUGUGUGUGCGUGUGUGUGCAAGCGUGGCUGUGUGUAUGUGUGUGCGUGUGUGUGCGAGCGUGUCUGUGUGUGUAUGUGUGAUUUUGUGUGCAAGAAAAUGUGGAAGACGAUGAGGAUUAAUAAAUUAAAUAAUACAAAUGUUAUUAAAACUUUGUUUUAUUUUGGUAUAAAAAAAUCUGAUUUUAUACUUAUAAUUACAAUACUAAAUAAAUUCAACAAAAAAUACAACUUAUUACAAAUCUUAUCGUAUUUUUGAAUUUUUACUCAAUAUCAAUGUCAAAUUCUUCCAAUAUACUUAUGUUAGCAUUUUACGUAUUUUCAUGCUGCUGUAACUGUACCGUUUCACAAAUUUUAUUUUUGUCACUUUUUGACUGAUUUUCUUGAAGUUGUGGGAGUUGUGGGUGCUGUUUCAUACUAUUCUUAUCAGCUUCUUAACUAUUAGUAUCAAUUAAGAGAUAGUUUAACCCCAUUGAAUAAUUUAAACCAUCCUAUAAAAUAAAUUUAAAAAUUAAUUAUUUUUAUAAAGAUUAAACUUAGAAACAAAAACAUGCUUUAAAUUAUUUCUUACUUUGUCGAUUUCACAGCUUAAUACGGAGUUGCCCUGAUACCAUAUAGGAUUCACGUUUUCCUGAAAAAUAGCAAAUAGUCAAUAAAUAUAUAAGAUUACUAGCAUUAGUUUGAGAUAGAUAGUGAUAGAGAGAAAGAAAUUGUAAAGUCCACGUGUAUGCAUAGAGCGUGUAGCUUGUGUGCGAGAAAGAGACAGAGAGAGAAAGUACAGGUAUCUGCAUGUCUUUUCAGUACGAGGUAGAUGAGAGAGAGAGAGAGAGAGAGAGAGAGAGAGAGAGAGAGAGAGAGAGAGAGAGAGAGAGAGAUAAAGAGAGCAAGAGAAAGAAAGAGCGAGCGAGAGAGAGAGCGAACGAGAGAGAGAGAGAGAGAGAGAGAGAGAGAGCGAACGAUAGAGAGAGAGUGAGAGAGAGCGAGAUAGAGAUGUAUAAAAUUUUACUUACUUUAUUCUCCAUGCUGAUGUUGAUGAUGAGGAUACAUUUUUUUUUAAAUCACUUGUUUAAACAAAAUUUUGUUAACUGUUUCGUAUUUGUUUACACAUGCACCCACACACGUACGCACGAUGUUACUUCACCGAGAGCUAUGAUUCGAAUGGUUUUAACGACUUGCAAGUGUAUCCAAAGCGUUUGGCUCUCACACAUCUGGGUGCAAUAAUUGUCAAAUAAACUAGCCGUAUCUGUUUAAGGGAUUGGGAAAGUUUCGGCCAAAGAAAUUUGAGCUUUUAAGUGUUUUAGAUGCUUCGACUCAAUUCUAUACAUUCAGAAUACUGAUAUUUUAAAUAAUUUGUUUAAUUUAAUGUAAAUAGUAAUAUUCAUACCACUAUUAGUAUAUUUUAAUGUUGCUGAUAUAAUCUGUGUAGAAGAUUUCUUUCAAUGUGAUAAUAAACUAAUCCCUGUAGAAAGACAACUAAAAUAAAUUUCAUCAGCGCUCUGACUUAAAUAAUACAAUAGAUGCAAGGGUGGGGAUAAUUUUUCAUUUGCUUUUCAUUAUUUUCAUGUGUGAAAAAUGAGGGCUAUCGAUGAGAGUCAGUGCAUCGAAAAUUCAUCUCUAGUCGCUCGCGUGGGGACUAUGGGAAACGUAUUUAAAAGUACGAUGGAGAGAGGAGCUGACCUCGUCCGAAAAAAAAACACAGCGAAGAUGCACCCUGCAGAGCAUCUGUGUAGGGUCAAGCUGUAUCGGUUGCAGCUCUCGCUCGCUGUAGAGAGUCAGUGUAGAGAAAACACAAGCCUGCAGGCGCCUGUGUGGAGACUAUGGGGAGCGUAUUUAAAAGUACGGGGGAGAGGGUAGCUGAGAAAACGAGAAAAAGAGUAGAGAAUCGGCGCGCUUUGCUCGAAAAUUUGUCUCCAGACGUUCGGUUGCAGCUCUCGCUGCAGAGAGUCAGUGUACCGAAAACAUAAGCCUACAGGCGUCUGCGUGGGGACUAUGGGAAACGUAGUUAAAAGUACGGGGGAGAGGGUAAUGGAAAAUCCGAAGAUCUAGCUGUUUCGACUGCACUGCGCAGGCUGUAGAGAAUCGAUGCAAUACGCUAGAGUGGGGACUGUGGGGAACGCAUUUAAAAGUAUGAGAGAAAGGGUAGUCGAAAAAUCCCAGGAUCUAGCUGUAUCUGCUGUACCGCGCGCGAUAUACAAAAUCGGUGCGCUUUGAACGAAAAUACUGCUUGUAGAGGCCUGAGUGGGGACUAUGGGAGAUGCAUAUAAACGUAUGAGAGAGGGGGUAGCUGAUGUCGUUCAAAGAAACAUGAAAAGAGACGUUGCAUGUCGCAAGCGUGAAUGAAUCGAGCUUGAGAAGCUUUUUUGUAGUGGAAGGGUACAAAUUUCUAGUAUAUUUAAGCAGUCCUCUGCUCCGUGUUUGUAUACAUUUCCGAGUGUACUCAAGCAGUAUACUGUUCUCUACAAUAGUUGAGAAAGCUGUAGAAUUUGUAAGUAUAUUUUAAAUAUUUUAUUAUUUUAUUUAUAAAUUUAUUCUUAAUGAGUAAUAUUUUCAUAGAUAACAUGGAUUUGAUUGUUGUUAUCCAGGGCUUCAAGGGGCAAAACGGUGAAUUCAUAGUCAAGGAGUUGGCCUACAUUGAUCCCAACGAGCCAGCAGCAGUAGCUCAAUUAGCUACAUUUCAACCACCUCACUCUUGGUACGACUUGUCGAGCGAUGUCCAGUGUGCCAAUCUGUGGCUCAAAUAUUCUUUUCACGGAUUAAAGUGGAGCGAUGGUGAACAGCCAUACGACAAACUAGCCGAAGUUUGCUCCAGCCUCCUCGAUUUAUCACCGACAAGGAACGUUAUUAUUUGGGUGAAAGGUGCACAGAAAAAGGAGUGGCUGCAGCUAUAUUUCCCGGACGUCCGUAAUAUAGAAGAUCUCGGCUGUCCAUCCUUAAAGAUACCAGGAUUUCGAACUCCGCUGGUGUGUUCACAUUACCUUCCUGACUGGAAGGAGAAUUGUGCAGUUCAAAACGUUUACGCAAUAAACAAGUGGCUUCGUGCAGUACGACAAGAUUUUAUCUUCCCACUGCAUUUCUUUGAGGAUUAUUAUUCCUCAUCUGAUUCGGAUACAACAACGACAACAUUGGAAGAAUAAUUUAUCAUAAUGGAGUCGCUGAAAGCUGUGGCAAAAGCUCCACCAUUCCUGCCUACGAAAAAAAUUAAGGAUUUGGAGAUCAACAAGAAGUACAAAAUAUCCAAACAUAAGAAAGUUCAGACAAAAUUUGGCGCGAAGAUGGUGUUGGAGUUGGAUGGAAGUUUCGACGUUUUCCUACCCACCAAAGUAAUUGCCUUCCUCAUCGAGAACAACACCGACGAGGAGAAGUUGAAGAAUGAAAUUGAUACUAGAGAUGUUUAUCUAGUACAUUAUGGACACAACAUUAUUGAAUUCAUGUAAUAAUUUACCUCCACUGCGUAUAGUAUUAAGGAUUUUUUCUCAAUAAUUAGAGUGUUUAUUUAUGUUAAAUUCUUUUUUAAAGGGGAUUAUCA